UUUUAAAACCUCGCGGUUUUCACGGUAACUGCGUGACCACCGGGUAGUGGUAAAUCCUACCAAAACGGUAUGAAAACCCAAAUGGGGGCAAUAUAGGAAAUGAAGGUGGGAGCAACUCCUGCCUUGCUACAAUUGCUCCUGUCAAAAAAUUCUUUGAAGCGGUGUACUGUACCAAACCAUUGUCCUGCAUAUACUCCUACCUUAUUAUUGCCAGAGCUCCUGUCCAAGACUAGUUUGAAAAUAAUUAAUGAUGCAGUAUCCUGUACUGUAACAGUCUGUACAAGCUGCAUGGCUGUAUCUAGAUCCAAAGUUCGGUCCUUUUCCAUCACAUCAACCUGUCAUACACACACAACUUUUCAGUCACAUCAUCUCCAAUUUCAACCAAAAUCCAAAUUUUGCGCUGAACUAAUCACAGCCUAAGAGUGUAUUACUGGUGCUUAAGCUAGUACUGACGCUGUCACCCGAUUGCAUAGUAACUCCAGGACCAGAUGUCACCCAAGUGUCAGCAUUUGUUGCUGCUAUUGGAACAGUAGUUGCUGCACAGGAACAACUGCUGCUGCUACACUGAAAAGCUCUUGCCGGAAAAGAUCUAAGGGAAGGAAAAUAAAAAAAAGGUGAGAGAUAAAGAUUGAGAUGGAAUCAUGGGAUUCGAUCGGUCAAGUGCGAUGGAACUGAUCGAUCUUGGGUUGAUUCUCAGUUGGUACUGAUCGAUCUUUGCUCCCUUUGCUACCACCACUUGAUGCAGCCUACGAGUACUACCAUUACUACUACUAGUAGUGGUCUUGUACUACACCUCGCAGCAAGCGUCACGUCACCAACUGUUUGCUCCAACUGUAUUCUACAGUGUCACUGCUCGAGCAACAACGCACAGAACGUUAAUUCCAUCCAUCCCCUGGGGCAUUUGCAGAUGACGGCGUGAGAGGAUGAGCGGCAUUUGGCGAUCCAAAAAUUCCAAAUCUUGGGAGCUUUUUCAGACAAGAGUGGGUUUGAAAUUCGCAGCAGAAAUGGCAGCAAGGGUCGUACGUGGAUGUGUCCGUGGGAAAUGACAAAGCCCAAGAGAGCACGUCAUGUGAUUGUGCGAGAUCUAGCUAGCUAUACGGAGUUGUGUGACAGUCGAGAGAGAGAGAGAGAGAGAGGCCGAGACCGGUCAAGCGGCCGCACAUCAUAUGGCCUCGCCACGGCGCACGGCGGCGACCGGGUGGCCGGCGAAACGAUCACUCAUUGCGCCUUUCCGUCGCGCGGCUUGUCCGCCUCUCGCGUCAAAUCGACCCGAAUUAUUAUCGCUCGCUAAAGCGCACAAGUACAGUGACAAGGGACGUGUGGUUGGUGACACCGAGAUCCCGUGUUUAAUCCCCAGCACGUUCACGGUUUCUCGAGGGACGCCUCUCACUACAAAUCUCUUCCUUUUUUUUUCCAAAGCCAUAAUCCGUUUCGCUGCCUGCUGCUACUGUCUACUACUACUACUACUCGGAUCACUCGCGCGCCCGUCCGCUUCUCUGCUGCGUGACGACGCCUCGUCGCCUUCUCUACCUCUCGCGAGCGCGCGCGACGCAGCGGCAGCGUCCGUGUCGUGGCGUGGCGCGGCGCGGCGCGCUCUGCACGGAGAGAGACGAUGAUCGCGAGGCGCCUCAAGAUGCUGGUGCUGGUGUCGCUCGUCCCGCUCGCGCUGCGGGCGACCUCGCUGCUCGCCGGCCAUGUCGCGCCGCCGUGCUCGCCGGAGUCAUUGCGGCCUGAGCACCAGCCCGCCGGCGCCGGCGACGGCGUCACCAUGGGCGGUGGCGGCGCGUCUGCGUCGAGUUAUCGGAGGAACCGGAGGAGGAUGGAGGGCGGUCUCGCCGCCGCCGCCGUCGCCUUCCACGCGAGGAGGUUCCGGCCGCACGGCGGCGGCGGAUUUGAGGCCGACAAGAGGCUGGCGCCGACGGGCUCCAAUCCGCUGCACAAUUUGCGAUGACGCAGCGUUUCUUCUCAAAUCGAAUUCAGAGAGUUUUGCAGGCUGCUGAUGAGAUUGUUGUUGAUGAUGGUGGCGACUGUAUGUAUGAUCAGAUUUUGGCUCUUCUUCUUGUGUGUGUGUGUGUGUGUGUGUGUGUGUGUGUGUGUGUGUUAACAUGUCUCAUUCUCUGCUCUCGAAGUCUCAAGACUUGAUUCUUCUUACUGGGUGUGUUCUUGAUAAGUAUGGCGGUGUGUGGCUAGCAAUAUACUCGUAUACAUACGUAUUCUACAUUUUCCAUA